CCACUAACCCAGCAGCCAAUCGCUUGCCUAGGCGCGCAGUUGAGGAGAAUCCAAACGCGCCGAGCGCUGCUGAGCGAUGGAGGCUGCGGAGAGCGGGGCUGCUGCAUCGAGCGAAGAGGUCCUGGCUGAGGUAGCAGGCAUUCUAGAACCUAUAGGCUUGCAGGAAGAAGCAGAGCUGCCCGCUCGGAUCCUCGAGGAAUUUGUGAGGAACUCUCGGAAGAAAGACAAGCUGCUCUGUAGCCAGCUUCAGGUAGUGAACUUCCUACAGAAUUUUCUGGCUCAGGAAGAUACUGCCCAGAGCCCAGACACUUUGGUUUCUGAAGACACAAGUCGAAGGAAGGCAACUGAAGCUAAAGAACAAUGGAAGGAACUGAAGGCCACGUACCAGCAUCACGUUGAAGCCAUCAAAUGUGCCCUGACUCAGGCCAUACCCCAGGUAGAAGAGGCCCAGAGGAAGUGCUUGGAGCUCCAGAAGGCUUAUGAGCAUCUCCAGGCUAAGAAGCGAGUAGUUGCAGAGAAACGGGAAGCAGCCCAGAAGAAAUGGCAGCUGCACCAGAAGCAUCUCCAGUGUCUGGCAGAGUUAUCUGCAGAGGUCAAGGAACUUCAGGUGAGAACCCAGCAGAAGCUUGACCGAUCGAAUCAGGAACUUGAAAUCUUGAAGCAGCAAGCAGUACGAGAACAAGAUAAGCUGCAGAGGAACCAGACCUACCUUCAACUACUGUACACCCUGCAGAAUAAGCCACUGGUCCCCGAGGCCAAGGCUAAGGACAGAGAUAUCACCAGAACUGCCCUUCCAUCCGAAUCUCUCUAAGGAACAAAGAAAAAUACUGGUUUGGCUUGGAACACCAUAUCCACUGAGAGUCAGAAGUCCUGGGAUAAUACUGUAUCUUGAGAAGUGACAUGGUAUAAUGAUAUCUUCGAGAGCUAAGGAGUAUGGAUUGAAGGAAAUCUAAUUAAGAUUGACAACUGGUUGGGAAGCCUGUUAACAGAGCUUCAGGACGGACAUAAUGAAAUGCAACAAACCUGAACUGCUGCUGAAGAAUUCCCAACAAGACUCAAUAGCCUGGAAUGUUGACCCACUACAAGGAGAUGGACUUCCUGGGAAACAUUAGAUUGUUGGAUACAUUCAUGGACAGGAAUCAAUCUUUCAUUAAAUCUCUCUUUUUUUUUGUCACAGUGCAAUCUACCUUAUUCUGCCUGAUUUAAAAUAAAAAAGAUACAGAUGAUGUUUGAGAUAAGAGGAACAUGAAGAUAAGAAAGAAUAAGUUAGAGAGAUAUUAUCAUAUGAGGGUUAAAUUGCCAAGAAUUGUGAGGAAUAGGUGGAGAAGAUGGAAUUGAGCCAGUAGACACACAAUGAUCACAAAAUAAGUGACAUAAAUUAUAUAGAUAAUUGCUGAAAUAUGGCAGGGUUUUUUUUUUAUUUAUUUAGAAAAAUACAAGCCUUUGUUCCAUUUCUGUCUGAUAUUGACUUGAGUCCCAAAACUUCUCCCCAGAUAGUCUAUUUUGAAAAUAUAAUUUUUCUGAAGGCUUGUGCACUACAUUUCCAGUUUGAAAAUCUGCAUCAUACAUACUUGGGAUAAGUUAGUUCUGUUUGCUAAAACUUUGUGAUUAAUAGUCACAUGGCUGAAGUGUGGCACAGUCAUGAACAGAGGUAUGAAGAGAGCCUGGUUUGCAUUUACCUCCCUGUUCUGCUUAAAUGGGUCCCUUAUGAAGAGUUUUACAGGUAGAAUCUUUUUGUUUGUUUGUUUUUGUUUUUUAUAUUUACUCCUAGGUUUGAGUAUUUUUGUUUACCCGUUUGUUUCUUAUGAAUAAUUCUGGCAGUUUGUACAGUAAGUCCAUGUUGUCCAAAAAGAGGUGAUACCUUGGGAGGAGAGGUAAGGAAAGAAUUAGAGUUGGAAUGAGGGGGUGUCACAAGACAUAAUGAAUGCUUUCAAUAUCUUCAUCAUGGUGGUUUCUGGCGGUCCACACUGAUCCAUUUGCCUCCAUUUCCUCUGUGUCUCCAUCUUCAUUUGCUCUAAGUGUGAUAAUGUCUUCGUCCAAUUUUUUCUCUAAAGGUACCAGUGAUUCUUAAUUUUGACCACCCUAAUGAUCUCAAUUUGAUUACUGCUAUAAAGCCCCAUUUCCAAAGAAAGUCAGAGUCACUGAAGGCUAGAUUUUAACAAAUUCCCUUUUUCUAGAUCAUAACCAGGAAACAAAAAGUAUACAGCUUGUUCAAGAGGUAGUGUAGAUGCUUAUUAAGAAAAGAAAAGCUAUAUAAGAAUGUUCUGAAACUUACCUGUUUAGUUAGUGUUCAAUUGCUAUGAAAAGGCACCAUGACCAAGGCAACUUAUAAAAGACAGCAUUUCACGGGGGCUUUGUAACAGUUUCAGAGGGUUAGUCCCUUAUUUUGGCCGGAAGCAUGCAGGCCUGGUGCUGGAGCAAUAGCUAACAGCUUUGUAUACUGCUGCACAGGCAGCAGGCAGAGAGACUGGACCUGGCAUGGGUUUUUGAAACCUAAAAACCCACCCCAAUGACACACCUCCUCUGACAAGGCCAUACCUCCUAAUACUUCCCAAGCAGUUCCACAAAUUAGGGUGCAAACAUUCAAACAUGGACCUACGGGGGCCCUUCUGAUUCAAACAACUACCCUUAGCAUCUGACAUUGCCCAGAGAAUAUUGUGGAUUAACUGUGUGUGCCACUGAUGUAACAACAAUGUCAAUGUAACUUGCAGUUUGAUUUGCAUGGCCAGAAUCCAUUAAUUGGUGUGACAUGUCAUCAUGCAAUUAGGAAAUUUUAUAUUAAUGUCAAAAAUCGUGCUGUAGCAAAUUAAUAUAAUUAUAUUGGUAGAAAUUACAGGUGCACUGUGUGUCUCAAUAGCUGAGUGGAUUUAUAUACAGGCUUCAGCGUAUGUGAUGCACAUUGGUCAUUAUAUGUUGACCCUGGCUCAUAAGGUAGUUGAGCUUUAAUAUGAUCUUGCUUAGUGCUAUAGGUAAAUUAUUCCCUGCCUUUUAAGGUUUUAAUUUGAGACUUAACUGUGGGGAGGGAAAGACAUGAGAAUAUACAUUAGACAGUUGUUUCCUCACUUUGAAUACCUCUGGGUUUAAAUUGUGUUACUGUUUCAUUCUCUGCCUGUAAUCCUAGAUUGAUAACCUAAUUAGUGUACCAGAAACACGGUCAUGAAAACAUGUCCUCCAGGAGGAACAAACGAACUCCUCUGCAUUUAAUUUCAAAUUCUUCCCUGUCAGUACAGCUCGGGUUUCGAAGAACACCUGACACUGUAUGAUCAAUGAUCCUGAUCAAGCAUCCUGUCAGAGAGAGGCACAAAAUUGAUUAAAGGAUGUCUCACUUCUUUCAGAAUUCAAGCGCUUGUAGGGAAAAGGCUAAAAUAAUUCAGAUAUACUAUAAUCCUGAUCAAAGAACCACAUAUUUGGAGGGUAUCACUUCUCUCCAUUUCUCAGAGUGAUUCCAGGUUUUGAGUUCAAUCGCCUAAAAUAUGUGAAGACCAUUUAAUAUGUGAAGGUGGAUGUUGUAGAAUUCAUUGGAUAUGCCAAAACCUUUGGGUAAUUUAAACUUAAAAUAAUGUGUACCCUCAGGAUGGCAUCAAUAUACAUGCUAAUUCAGAUGGGAAAUUUAGGACACCUCAACCCUAGACAGUGGGGAUGUUGUGAGUUGGAGAAAUAUCAUCUUCCCCAGGGAAGCACACACAGAUUGGAUAUCCAAAACCAAAUCAUCAGUCCUGAGAUCGUACACACAAGUCACAUGGACAAAGCAGUUUGCAUUUAUGUAUUUAUUUACAUGUAUGGACACAUACACAAACACAAUUAAAUUUUAAAAAGCCAUGAAUUUGGAAGAAAGCAAAAGCAGUGAAAUACAUGCAAAUAUUGGAGCAAAGAAAAGAAAGGGGGAAAUGAUGUAACUAAUCUCAAAGAUUGAAAAGAAAGUAUUUAGAAAGUGAGGCUAAUUUGUUAUAGGACCUAAUGCAGGCUUUCGAAUUCUGUGAUUUUAAUGCUUUCAGAUCGCUCAGCCUGCUGUGCAUCCAGUGAAUCAUCUACUAUGCCACUGAAAUUGCAGCCUGCUCCUGAAUGUGCAGGUGCAUGGCUUAAUUGAGAUCAAUGACUGUGGGGUGUUCUGGAAGUUCUGUGAAUAACUAUGAGUAAAAUGGAGUAAGAUGUAAGACUAAGUACAAAAAUAGCCCAAGGAAAACUUAAGUCACACAGGGCUCAGGGAAACUAGAAAUAUAAGGAGCCUGAACUUGAUUUAGGGAUUGUCCAAUAUUGUCAUGUAGUAACACAGAAAUGUAAUCAUAAUUUUACACUCAAUAUCUGGUAGGCAUUGUGGUAAAGGUUGGGGUGGUAGAUCUUUAAUUAAAACUGUUGAGUUUA